AUGUCUGGCUCCAAACAAAGCCCUCCCUCGUGGCUAUUCUCCAACAACCCUCUGAAUCCAAUCAACCCUUCAACCGAUACCAUGGGCAAGAAGAGCAUACAAGCCGCGGCUCCCAAGAACGAUGCCGCAUCUACGCCUCCCCCGGGUCAGCUCAUGGACUUGGUAGAGAAUUUCCUAUCUGACCAUUCUUUCAAGGGCGCUGCCGAUGCUUUCAAGAAGCAGAGAGAGAAGAAGGGCUGGAAGGCGACUGCUGCCACCGAUGAAGAGGGUAAUCCUUCCCUUGUCAGUGUUUACCAGACUUGGGAGGCUACCAAAGGCGAUGAUAGUAGCAAGUCUAGCAAGUCUAGCAAGAAGAAGUCCUCUAAGAAAGACUCCAGCAGCUCUGCUAGCAGCGACUCCAGCUCUGAUUCGAGCGACGCCAAGGAAGAGGACGUGGAUAUGAAAGACGCUGAGUCGUCCUCGGACAGCGACAGCGACAGCAGCUCCGAUAACGACAGCGAUGAUGAGGCUGCCAAGCCCAAGGCCUCCAACACUCUGAAGCGAAAGGCUCCCGUCGACGAGAGCUCCUCUGAUUCAUCUUCGGACUCUGAUUCUGACUCAAGCUCCUCCGAUUCCGAAUCUGACUCGGAUAAGCCCAAGGCCAAGAAGCAGAAGCGCGCCGCUUCCUCGAGCUCCUCCAGCGACUCUUCUUCCUCAUCCAGCGAUUCCUCCGACUCAAGCGAUUCCUCCGAUUCUAGCGAUAGUGAUUCGAGCAGCGACUCGGACGACGAGAGCGCCAAAUCGGACUCUGGCUCUUCUAGCUCCGAUUCAAGCUCUGAUUCGAGCUCUGAUUCGAGCUCCGAUUCUGACUCCAGCGACUCAGAUGAUGAGGCCGCUGCCAAGGUGCCGCUUCCCGACUCUGACAGCUCUUCUUCCGACUCCGACUCCGACUCCAGCGACUCUGACUCCGAUGAAAAGGAGCCCAAGAAAGACAAGAAGAUCAAGAAGGAGAAAGAAGUGAAGGAUUCUUCCGACUCUUCUGUUACUUUAGACAAGACGUCGCCCGAGUUCCAGUCAAACUCUGCUUACCCACCUCUUCCUCCGGACCCCGUUGUGAACGGUAACGGACGCAAGAAGCAGAACGAGCCCUUCUCCCGCAUUCCCAAGAACAUCAAGGUUGACGCCAAGUUCGCUUCCAACGAAUACGUCUCUAUCGCCUAUUCCCAAAAGGCUCACGAGGAUCUGAUUGUCACCAAGGGUAAGGGCUUUACAAAGGAGAAGAACAAGAAGAAGAGGGGCAGCUACCGUGGCGGUGCCAUCGACAUCCACGAUAAGAAGGGCAUCUAUUUCGAUGAUUAA